AUGGUAGACUUGACAGAAGCGGUGGUUCGAGGUGACAUCUUGGUUGACGAGAUUGAUGUGAUUGAAGCGGUUGAGAAAGGACGACUUAGUGCACGUGAUGGUGCUCGAUUUAGUGCGAUUUUGGAAGAGUAUUCCAAGUUACACAGAAAAUCUUCAAAAGCAUAUGGGGAAUAUUUGGAAUCAGCACAAGAAGCAUCAUCUAAAUCAACCAAAUGGGAUGAAGUAUUGGUGGAUGAAGUGGACUUCAUUGAAGCACUUAAGAUUGGACGAAUUAGCAAAGAUGACUGCCACAUAACAUCUAUUAACAAGGAACUCCUUGAAGAUUCGUCGGGCGAUAUUGAAGAAGCAAAAAUAAGUUUCCACGACGACAUCCUGACCGAUGACGAGAAAAAGUCCCAUGAGUCAUCAUCCAUUGAUGUCCUCAUUUAA